AAUAAAUCCUACUGGAACACGGUCAUGUAUCUCGAAAAACCCACAAAAAACUAUGGAUGCCGGCUGUGAAAGCCCUUGACUUCACAUCAGUCCCACUUGCUCAUGUCUCUCCCUCUCUUCCUCCUUUCCUCCUUUCAGGCGCCAAACAAGAAAGCUGAGAAGAAAGCUGGAGGGGGCAAGAAGGGCAAAGGGAAAAGCCCGGUGGUGGAUGCCCUUCCGCCUGAGGGCAUGACCAAGGAGCAGCUGGACGAACACAUUGGGCGGAUCCGGGAGGAGUUGGACCGUGAGAGAGAGGAGCGCAACCACUUCCAGCUGGAGCGGGACAAGAUCCACACCUUCUGGGAGAUCACCCGGCGGCAGUUGGAUGAGAAGAAGGCAGAACUGCGCAACAAGGACCGUGAAAUGGAGGAGGCAGAAGAGCGGCACCAAGUGGAGAUCAAGGUUUACAAACAGAAAGUGAAGCACCUGCUCUAUGAGCACCAGAAUAACCUCACGGAGCUGAAGGCAGAGGGGACGGUGUCCAUGAAGCUGGCUCAGAAGGACCACCGGUCCCAGGAGAUGGAGCUGCGUAAGGACAUGCGCACCCAGAAGGUGGAGCUGAAGGAGCAGGAGCUGGCCAAUGAAGAACCUGCGCCUG